CAGACGGCAUCUGCCGACAGUCCCCUAUGCUGUACAAAGGCCGACUACGCCCAGACUUCCCUUGCGACUUUUCACGACUUCUGGAGGGACGCCAAACUCACUGACGUAAAUAUUUGCGUAGACGACGGCGUCUUGCCUUGCCACCGGCUUGUUCUGGCGAAGAAUCCCGUCUUCAGGGCCAUGUUCUUGACUGAAAUGUCGGAGUUCGGAAAGGAUGAAAUACGUUUGUCAGGAAUCCGCAUGGCAGAGCUAAGGAAACUUGUCGGCUAUCUAUACACAGGGGAGGUGGAAGUAGAUGGUGAACGGGUACAAGAUUUGCUAUUGGCUGCAAACAUGUGGCAAUUCUCUGCCAUCCAAACUGCAUGUGAAAUGUAUCUAGACAGUCACUUGGAUACAUGUAACUGCAUCGGGGUUAUGGUGCUAGCAAAAGCGGUCUGCUGCUGGACACUGCUAGACAGGGCCAGAAAUUUGGUCAUCACACAGUUCUCUUCCGCAAAGGAGGAUCCCUGUUUCUUGGAACUGGGAGAGAACGAAGUGAAAGAGAUACUAGACAGUGAGGAACUCGUGAUUAAAAGUGAAGAAGACACUUUCACCGCUGUCUUGAAAUGGGUGAACCAUAACACACAACAGCGCCUCCCCAGUUUCCCAAGAGUACUGCACUGCGUGAGACUGACACAUUUGAGACUGUCCACCCUGAAGAGACUUGCGCAACAUCCACUGGUGCUGGAGGCAAACGAAUGUUUGGAGAUGAUCACAAACAGUCAGGUCUACUUGCAGGAAAGAAGGUGCGAUCAACAGAUGAAAAUUCGCCGCUGUGCUACACAUGAAAUCGUUGUCCUUUUUGGUCAGCAGGACCAAGAGACCCAGAAAGCAGAAGUCUGUGAUGUGAUAUGUUAUGAUGAAGAGGAUGACAGCUGGAGGAAGGUAACACGCAUGCCCCAGAAGCUGUCACUGAUGUCUGUUACAGUUGAAGGCGACAUUGUUUACGUCACUGGUGGGAGUACAGACAUUAAUAAUCCUGAGGGUGUGCAAAGGUGUGCAUACACCUACAGCUUCCUCCAGGAUACAUGGAAGGAGCUUCCUGACAUGCAUGUUGGGCGCUAUGGUCACAUCUCUGCUGUGGAAAAGGGGAGACUGUACGUGGUAGGAGGACAACAGAACGGCAAGCCAACCAGUGUGGAAAUGUACACAGAAGACACAAACACAUGGACAAUAUGCUGUCCGUGCCCUGAUGUUCCCAUGACAGUACAAGCAUGUGUAUCUCAUGGUAACCUGUACCUUCUGGGGGGGAUGGACCCGACAGACACAGGUCUAUUUUCUGAGGAGGGUGAAGACUCUAAGGAAAAUGACGGUGAAACCCUAAAAUUCAAGUUCUAUGACCCAACCUCAAAUGUAUGGAACACAGUGGAGGAUACAGCAGUGCAGGUCAAAGCUGCUGGUGUGUACGGAAACCAAAUCCUCAUUUGGAAAACUAAUGCCACCAGACCCAUGUUAUACAAUCCAGUAAACGGGACCACAGAGAAGCGUCCUGAUCAUAACAGACUGUCCCAUGUGUACACCACUGGGCAGUACGGCAGUUUGUUCCAGUGGUCUUCGGAGUUUCAUGACUACCUGUACCGUUACGAUGACAGCGGGGAACAUUUCCAAGAGUCCGUAACAGAUCUGCCAUUUUCUGUAUGGAACCCUGUUACUGUGACAGUGGACAAACUGUCAUUUGGAUGGUUUUGCAGAGAUCUGGACCUCUUUGAGAGGCAGGAAAGCAACAUCUCUAUUAAAGAAGGAAAGGCAGCAGAGACAGUUUAGUGAAUGGCACCAUUAGUUAUUUACUUAAGUUUUGUCCAAGGCCAUGGUCUAUGCCCAAGGAUGGACAGUUGGCCUAUGUAAGCAAGAAAUGUCCAAGGCCAUCAUGCUUCUGUCUUAUGUAUACUAGUGUUCAACUCCACAGUAAUUAUAGUCAAUGGAGCCUGUAAACACAUUUUUUUCUUACAUUACAUGUGAUCUAUUUCCUGUAUGAGUAACAUGUAUAGUACAAAUGCAGCUUAGAUGCUAGACAGAAUUUGGCAACA